CCUGUGCAUACUCACACUCCAGAGGAAGAAGUAAGCUGCUGCUGCUGCUGUUGUUGCUGCUGCUCCCUGUUGGGUGUCCGGCUGAUGCCUCUGCUAGUGCUGUGCUCUCUACUGACUUCACUCCCGACUUCCAUACCCGCUGCUGUUUGUUCUUCUUCUCCCUUUCAACCGACGCAGAGCUCAUCCUUCUCUGCUGCGUGCAAGAAGUAGUGCUGUCGCCACCGCGCGUACUGCAUUUCCUGAAAGGGAAAGGAAUGCCUUUGAGACUUCAGCGUUUGCAGAUUCGAUUCCAGUGGUCCCCUUCCCGAGGGAACGAGGAGCGGAGGAGAGGUCCGGCAGACCGACAGACAGACGGACAGAGAGAGACAGAGAGAGGGAGAGAGCUUGCGAGCGAGCUUGAUUUUGAGAGGAAGAUAGUAUAUUGAAGGAAGAGAAGAGAGUUUGUAAUUUUGUUGUUUCAUAUUUCUGGAGAAGAAACCCGACAGGGUAGGAGAGUUGGCGAGUUUUGUCGGUCAUUGGAAGUGCUGGUAUGGAGAGAUUAAAGCCGAAUCCAAUCUGUCGAUUCGAGUUCGUAAUAAUUUCUUCGCGUGUUGGUUGACACCACUCCUUGGAAGUCAGUUAGCAGUAGGCAGGGGGCACAGGGGAGGCCGGGAGAAAGGGUCGGUGGAAGCGAAUCGAUGGCCAUGAGUUGCUGAUGCUCGUCUGAGGCUUGUCAACGACGGACGAAUGCACUCUUUGGUGUCUCUGUGAGAGCGAGGAUGAUAGGAUUUUGUUGAUUGUACAUGUUGGAUGAAUGUGUUUGAGUCACAGGAUUAGAGCAGCCAUGAGCUGGUGGAAGGAAGGAGAAGCUGGGUACGGUGGCGGAGGAGGAAACGAAUGGAACCAGCAUGGAACUGAGCAAGUAGAUGAUAGCGUUGACAAUAUGCAGCAGAGUAUCAUUCACGUAUGCUGGACUUCCAGGUGAGUGGACUGUGCGUGAGGAUUGGCUCGUCCAAGGGAUAAACAAGUUCAGCACAAUUGCCUGGAGUUGGAUGGCUGUACCUUCGAGGUCACGCUAAGUAGAAGACACACCGGGAUGAGUCAAAUGACGUCGUAGUCGUGCAUCUCUUGGGAUCCAAGGGUGCCCGACGUGGAUUAGAUCAUGCAGACGACACCUGAAGCGCAGCAUCUUUGAGGGGACGAUCCUGGUUAGAAUUUGCGCCCUCUUCCAGAUGAUUCAUUCGCCCGCUUCGACCUCGUUAAGCUGGAAUGUUUGUGCGAGCUCGCUUCGUGUAGGCAGAGGAGCAGAGGCUCGUAUUUGGAAGCUGCCCUCUUGUGCAAGAGUUUUUCGGCAGCUACAGGCGCAUGUUGCCGUGCAGCUAAAAUACAAGGAAUAAACAAGUUGCUUGUGGAUCAGUGUGAUUCUGCGAUUUCAGAAAGGUCGCCCUGGUGGAACCUUCGUAAAUUAUUGGUUAGAAUGGGCCGCUCGUUGUCGAGUUGCUUGGGGAUCUCAUAGCCGGAUGCGAAGGAGCGUUCCACGAUUACAGAUGAAGAGCGUUUUUGAUCUUUAACAUGGCGAAGGUAGCCCCGGACAGGUGGGCCGAGGUAUCAUUGUCGAGGAUUUCCAAUUACAGGUUGAAGGAUGGAGGAUGACGAACCUAUCAGGUUCAUGUUUUUUACCGUGAUGAUGAGGAAAGUCAUGAAGUGUUUACGGCCCUGCAGGGCCCAGUCCGUAGAGAGCGAGAUGACAUGUGCAGGGAUGCACUGGAGAGUCCAGUCACCUUCCAAGGGAGGCAAGGAUUUGGUUCUAGACCAUAUCAUUUUGGACAUGACAGGUGAUUCGGUGCCUUUGGAGCAGAUUACCGAUGAGUCUGUUCAACGCGCUUUCCGGAGGAAAAAGCGUCUCCUUCGCAGAUCAAACACGGUGCUCGUCUCGCGUCUGGCUAUAAUGGCGCUCGUGGCGAUCAUGUUGGUAGUAACUACGCUUCUCACCUGGUACUUCACGUCCACUUACAGUGCCAGGUCUGUGAGGAGCCUUGCCGGCGUUCUUCGUCGACAGCUUCUACGCAGUAGUUUGCAAGCGAUGACAUCCAUCCUUGGAGAAGUGUACAAUACUACGCUGGUGCUGAGUUCCUUACAUCAGCAGGUUUAUCUAGCUGCUGCUAAUAAAACAUGGGAAUCUGUGGAGAUGGAGCUGCGACAGGCGAACAGAGGAGUUUUUAGGGCUCAGCGCCAGUUCUCUUCUGUUGCGUUUGUCUCUGACAGGGGUCUUGUUACUGACUACACAAGAUCUAUGAACAAGGAUUACUUUUUUUUCGUGAAUGAAACAUAUGGAAAUGAGCAGUUUUGGUAUUACCAGAAUGUUACAGGGGCGAUCAAUGAGUCUACGUUGAAUCCACCGAAGCUGAAGAAGAAUCCCCCGUUUCCUAUAAGUGCACAGAACGUACUCAACAAGAAACCCGAAGAGGUGUAUUGGACAAUAGCCCCUAGCUUAAAUGGGGAGCCGGUUGUGUCACCGGCAGUUCCUGUGAAAGACAUAAACAGCCAUGAGUUUCUGGGGUUAGCAGCAAUUACAACAACAUUUCAAUAUCUGAACCGCUAUCUGGCCAAUGUAGAUCUUCUUGAAGGCUACCUGUAUUUUGAAUGGAAGAAUGGUACGGAUAAUUCUGCAAUUCUUGCUGUCUCUUAUGAAGACUCAACGGAUGUAUUCGUGAGUCCUCAGAAUGCAUCGAAUCCAAUCGUUAAGGCUGCCGCACAAUUUCUGGCCUCUUCAGUUGGCUAUAAUAUAAUGGGAAAGACCGAGACACACAGUGACAAUGUCGUUCUUCUGGGUCAUAAAUACUACAUUGACACUAUGCCCCUUACACAGGUGCCAUUUGAGAAUUUGAAUCUGACGGCAGUUGUGAUUGUUCCGCGGGUAUCUAUCAUGGGAAGAAUAGAUGCGCGCAAUCGGACUGUUAUUGGUGUCUCAGUUGGCACAGCCAUUGGUGUCCUCAUUUUGGGUUGCGUCUUUAUCUGCUUUCUCACCAGUAAGAUGAGCACAGAGAUGCAACUUCGUCAAGAGCUUAUUCGUCAGCUCGUGGGGAAACAUCGAGCAGAGCAAUCCAGCAACUAUAAAAGUCAAUUUCUGGCAAAUAUGAGCCAUGAAUUGAGGACUCCUAUGGCAGGUAUCAUCGGUUUGCUGGACUUGUUAUCAUGUGAUACUUUGACAUCCGAACAAGAAAUAUCAGUGUCUCAAAUUCGGCGUUGCGCUACGGGGCUCCUUGCUCUUGUUAAUAAUGUGUUGGAUAUCAGUAAGGUCGAAGCUGGAAGAAUGGAGCUAGAAGUAGUGCCCUUCAGUAUCGAGGACGAGCUCGAAUCUCUGGUGGACAUGUUUGCAGCACAGUCACAUGGGUCUGGCGUUGAUGUUACUCUUGAUCUAGCAGAUGAUAUUCCUCCCAUCGUGAAAGGUGAUUCUACCCGACUCCGCCAAAUUUUCAGUAAUCUGCUCUCAAACUCCGUUAAAUUUACGACUCAAGGACACGUACUAGUUCGGGGUUUCGUGGACCAGACGCUCCUGGAACCAGGGGGAAAGCUUCCAGAACAUAGUCUGACAAUGCACGCUUCGUGGCGGGAUAAGGGUUCUGGACCGUUGACUUCUGGAGUGGAGAACAAGCUGGCCAUUGUGUUUGAGGUCGAAGAUACUGGAUGCGGUAUUCCCGUGGAGCUGCGUGAAUCUGUAUUCGACAGCUUUGUCCAGGGAGAUUCCUCUACCACUCGAACGCAUGGUGGUUCUGGCCUAGGCCUGUAUAUUGUCAGAUCCCUUGUGAACUUGAUGGGAGGUGAAGUGGCAGUCGUUCCGCAUCAAGGAUCUGGCACAUUGAUGCGAUUUCACGUGGUUCUGGAGAAGGCUUGUGAUCCCAUCGUGGAGAGAUUGACCUCCAUCGUGGCGAGACCCAUAAGCUCACCGUCUCCUGAUGGGUUGAACUCAUUGUUAGGAUCUCCGUCGAAUCUGUUUGCGCCGGUGAAAGCGCCAUCUCCAGAGGUGCUCGAGCGAACGCAAGUUCUGGUUGCCAUGGAAGAGAGCGCUGCACAAGGAGUUAUAGUGCGUUGGUUAGAAAGAAGGGGGUUAAAAGUGACUUGUAUCAAGGUGUGGGAGGAGAUCAUUCCCGCUCUAGAAGAUAUGUGCAAAGUUGCGGGAGUAGAUCCGAAGUCUGUGAAAGAUGGUGGAACUCAUGAUUUAAGUCAUGCCGUUGUAGAUUAUCCUCCUUCACCUACACUAUUUCAAAGUCCAGAAUCCAGCAGCCAUGUAUCCGAAAACAUGUUAGAAUCUGUAAAUUUUCCACCAAUUUUAACCCUCGUUGAUGUAACAAUGCAUCCUAGUAUGCAAAUCGGGUUAGAUAAUACAUUGCUAGAACCUGGUAUCCUUGGUUCAAGAGAUAGUUCACUGUGCAGAUCAGAUACUGAUAAAUUGCCACCACAUAUGCAAGAUCUUCUGGAUCGUAUGGUAAAAAUCCAUGUUCAAAACUCCGUAGCCGUGGCAUGGGUGGUCGCUCCUGACUGUGGAGCUAGGUGGAAACAAGCAUUGCAAGCAGACAGGUGUUUCUUGGUCAUAAACAAACCGCUGCACGGCAGUAAGUUGAGGAGAUUGCUACCUUUAAUGUCUAGUGCUGGGAAGAUGGAACAGCAGCACUGGGACCUUAAUAGCUACCAGUCAACGAGUCCCUCUACUCCGAGGCUUAGGACUACAUAUUAUGAAGAUUCUCAGGAGAAACCCAGGAAACCCAUAGAUGGACGGGAUAAUCUUUAUAUGCAAGAAAUGUCUCUGGAGAUGAACCCAUCACCAAAUUUACCCUGUAAAGGGCUGCCCUUGUUGCGUCAAGUACUUCUGGUGGAUCUUCCGUACAGCUCUGAUGACAAUCACGGGAUGAGUCCAGGGUUUAGUACAAGUACCCCGCAGUCUCCCACAAGUGGCCUCAUCACACCUGAAGGUGUGGACGCUUCUGCGGACGGUGUUAUAGAAGUUCGCAAGGAUGGUGUCAUCAGCAAAGAUCUUGAAGAGGAAUGGAGUGGACCCGUCAUAGAUUUGAGUUUGCCAAGUAGAACUCAUAGGAGACAAAGCUUGCUUUCUGCAUGUUCUAGUCUUCAUGAGACGCCUCAGGGAGCUGUCUCAAAUAGUGAAACCCGAGUUGCUGCAGUAGAUAUCAGCACAAAUAGCAUAAUGAACCAUUUAACAGGGACUGGAGCAGUUGGACCGAAGGCCCUGGCCAGCAUACAUAUUCUUCUCGUAGAGGACACCCCCGUUCUUCAGAGACUCGCAAGUAUGAUGCUAAAGAAGCUCGGAGCUACUGUGACGGUAGUAGGAGAUGGCCUCCAAGCCGUGACCGCCGUUGCUAAAGCAGUGGAGGCAACCGACGCAGGACCGGCUAAUGGUGAAUUGUCGCCUUCCGACGUCCCUUGUUUUGACCUCAUUCUUAUGGAUUGCGCGAUGCCUGUGAUGGACGGGUACAGCGCGACCAAGGCCAUAAGGGAAGCAGAGGAGAACACGAGUCGGCACAUACCGAUCGUAGCUUUAACUGCCCAUGCGUUGGCAAGCGACGAGGAGAGGUGUCUGUCGGUUGGCAUGGAUGCGUACUUGACGAAACCCAUCAACUGCAAGCUCAUGGUUUCGACUAUCCAAGAUCUUGUUUCUAAAGGUAGAGGGGAAAGUCCUCCAUCUUCUACUGGUCCAAAUGGUACUUCUUCACCCAUUACCUGACCCAUUACCUGCAGCUAGUGUAGACUACUCCUAUCCUCUUUGGCGUAAGCCAGAAGAGAAAUUUGAUGAGGUGAAUUCCUAAAUUAGUGGACUUAAGGCAAAACUUCGCUUCCAUUGUUGCCGUUUGGAGCCUUCAUGUACCUCCUACUGCGGAGACUUAUAGUAAAACUUAGGUCUGGAAAAUCAAACAUUAGGAUCCUCUGCGAGACAGAGAUGACGCAAAGAGUCAUCAGAGGAUAAAUUGCAUGCGCACUUUGUUCAUUAUCUUAGAACAUGUCAAUCAAAGUGCAGCGAGAGAAAUUAGUCUUCAUUCUGUUAACGUAAUUACUGGAUAAUAACUCUCUAGAAUUGGCCAGCCAGAAGUUUUGUUAGAACUUGUAACUGAGUUGGUCCUUAACAUCACGUGAACCAAAGUUAUAUAUUGCCGUCUGGAAAUUAGAGUCAUGAGCUCUUAGCUGGCCAUUCAUCAGUUGAUUCUUGAAGUUAGGAAGUCCCAUGUGCACAGAAGUUCUGGAUAUACGCAGGUGGUGUGGGAGCACACAUGCGGAACUUAGACGAGGCUUUAGGUUCCAAUGUGCGUCAUACUUCUGUCUGGCCAUCAACAGGCAGGCUCAACUUGGUAAGCUGCAAGGCAGAAGUGUGUAUUUUGCCACCUUUGAAGUUAAUGAAAGGCCGACUUGAAGUGUGUCUGCUCUUUCUCCUUCUCGAUUGAGGAGUUAUUAGCUCUCGAAGGGGCAAAUGGCCGAGGAAGAGGAUUGUUUGAUGCCCUUCAUGAGCUUUAGUUUCAGAGUAUUUUGUACAAAUUCGGCUUCAGUAGUCUUUAUUACUCUCAUGAGAACGGAGUGUACCCUCGAAGAAAUUCAACGGUUCUCUUUCAUAGUCAAGACAUCUCUACUGUUAGACAUACUUGGCUGGAGCUACUCUUUUGACCUCUAGAUCAGCAAAUUGAAUGUGAACAUGGCUUCUGUACAUACGGAAGAAACCAACCAGGAAAGCAUCUUGGGUCAGCUUUUACAAGAUUGUCACCCUUUUCAGUACCAUCUUAGUAAACUUCGACUCAAAGAAUAUCUGUGUGCUCCGCACACUAGACAUCACACCUAUUGUAAAGUGGAAAUCUACCUGUCGCACCU